CCAACUUGUCCAUCUACCAUCAUCGUGAUCGAGUGAAGGUGGUGGUGACUCACCCUCUCUCAUCACUCACCAGCAUCUUUUCUUCUCUUCCCUCUCUUCCUUCUCCUUCUCAGACUCUGUUCAAUAAUCUCUGACAUAGGCAUCAAAAUUCCCAAACCCAAACAAUGAAGAAACUAAAACAUUAUUACCAUCAACAGCAUCAUCAACAACAACGAAAGUACAUUGUCCCAGUAAUCACCAUCGCCUCCUUCAUCUCCCUCAUCUCCCUCCUCCUUUUCGCCCUCAGACUAACCUCCCCCGACGCCACCCUCAUCUUCCCCUUCCCCCUCUCCGCCGUCAUCUCUGCCCCAUCCCCCUUCGUCGAGUCCAAGCUUCACGCUCUCCCACUCCCUCCCCCAUCCCCUCUUCCCCCCGUCCUCGCCUACCUAAUCUCCGCCUCCGCCGGCGACGCCCCUGCCCUCCUCCGAGCCCUAUCCGCCCUCUACCAUCCCCGCAACCGCUACAUCCUCCACCUCGACCGCCAUUCCUCCCCCGAGGAACGCCACCUCCUCGCCGCCCACAUCGAACGUCACCCCACCUUCCGACAAUUCCGCAACGUCCGCCUUAUCUCCAAAGCCAACCUCAUUACCUACCGCGGCCCCACCAUGGUCGCCAACACCCUCCACGCUGCCGCCAUCGCCCUCUCCGACACCCAUUACUGGGAUUGGUUCAUCAACCUCAGCGCCUCCGAUUAUCCCCUCGUUACCCAAGACGAUCUGCUGCACGCGUUGUCGCAAUUGCCACGGGAUCUUAAUUUCAUUGAUCAUACAAGUGACAUUGGGUGGAAAGAUCAUCAACGGGCAAGGCCUAUAAUUAUUGAUCCGGGGUUGUAUAUGACUAAGAAGCAAGAUGUGUUUUGGAUAACACAGAGGAGAAGUAAACCAACGGCCUUCAAACUUUUCACAGGUUCGGCUUGGAUGGUACUAUCAAGAUCUUUCAUUGAUUACUGUAUAUGGGGAUGGGACAACCUACCUCGUACUGCUCUCAUGUACUACACAAAUUUCGUAUCUUCCCCUGAAGGGUACUUCCACACUGUCAUUUGUAAUGCUCAAGAGUUCAAGAACACAACUGUUAAUAGUGAUCUUCACUUCAUUUCUUGGGACAAUCCUCCCAGACAACAUCCCCACUACCUUUCUCUCGAUUACAUGGAAAGGAUGGUUGACAGCAACGCCCCCUUCGCGAGGAAGUUCCACGGAGACGAUCCAGUAUUGGACAAAAUCGAUGCAGAGCUUUUGUCCAGAGGUCCUGGGAUGGUUGUUCCUGGUGGCUGGUGCAUAGGAAGCAGGGAGAAUGGGAGCGAUCCUUGUUCUGUAGUUGGUAAUACUACUUUCCUUAGGCCUGGCCCAGGUUCUAAAAGGCUUCAAACUUUGAUCAGUUCAAUGUUGUCUGAUGAAAAUUUUCGACCAAAACAGUGUGUAUGACAAAAGCCUACUGCUAACAGCACUGGUUUCUUGACAUUAUGUCGCUUGCCACUUGCUUCAGUUUUUUUUUUUUCUCUAUUUAGUUAACCUGAUGGGUGAAUUCAUGUACCUGUUCAGUAGGAAAUGUAAAUAUUGCGAUUGUAAAGCACAAACACGAUUUUUUUAUAUAUUGACAAGAAUUGAAGCUA